GGAUGCUAUUGGUCGUUAUCAGUAGAAACCUGUUUCUGAUUGGUUUAAAUAUACCAAUUGAAAGCAAGGAUAACCUACGUACAUUUCUGUGACAGAACGUAUAUACCCAGUGAUAUUUUAUAUUUAUAAUUCUUGUGUUAUUAUCUAUUUCUCCCUAUUAUUUGUAUAUUUGUUUAUUCUGUAAAGUAUAUAGUGAUCGAAAAAAGUUAAGAGUGCAGGAGCGUAAUGAAAUUAACUGUGUUGCGUGAAUCGAGUAUUAUCUACAGCGAAACAAAUAAAUAUCACAAAUGGAAUAUUCACAAGAUGGUAUAGUGACAGUAUGUUUACCUUUAUUGCUUUUUAAAAUAGAUUUUUAUGAAGAUUUUGCAGACUAAUUAUAUGCAACCAUGGCCGACAAAAGGCAACAGAAUUUAUCGAAGGAAGAAAUAGCAAAACAGUUUAUGUUACCAGAGAGAAAAAGUAAGAUUGCCACAUUAUUGAAACAAGAUGGACAAGCAUAUUGCAUAUGUAGAAGUUCUGAUAGUUCACGUUUCAUGAUAGGAUGCGAUGCAUGCGAAGAAUGGUAUCACGGCGAUUGUAUAAAUAUAACAGAAAAAGAUGCCAAACAUAUAAAACAAUUUUUCUGUAUUCGUUGCAGAGAGGAGGAUCCAACACUGAUAACACGUUAUAAGCCUAGAAAAACUGAUCAGGAAGAUCGUAAAUAUAAGAAACAUAAAGAAAAAGAACGUGCGCAUCGAUACGAGUACGAUGCACCUUGGGAUCCUACAGUAGUAAAAAAAUCAUCAAAACGUUGUGGAGAAUGCACAGGUUGUUUAAGAACGGAAAACUGUGGUAAAUGCGAUGCAUGCAGACAUCUGAAAAAAUUUGGGCCUUCUGUACGAUUAAAGCUUAGAUGUAUACAAAGGACUUGUCGCGUGCUAGGCGACCCACUGAAACCCUCAAAAAGCUUCAAUAAAAGUUCAAAAUUCAUUAAAAAACGUAAAAGAGAUUCGAGCAAUGAAAGAAACGAGUAUCUUGAAGUACCAAGACACUGCUACGGACCGGCUUGUACAAAAAAUUCAAGACCUGGUAGCAAAUAUUGUUCCGAUGAAUGUGGAUUGAAAUUAGCAACUAACAGAAUUUAUCAAGUACUACCUCAACGGAUACAAGAGUGGUCAUUGACACCAUGCAUUGCAGAACAAAAUAAUAGGCGACAAUUAGAAACGAUCAGAAAACAACAACACGAUGUUAGAAGAAUACUUCAAGAACUAGAUAAACGACACGCGGAGUUAGAUAGAAUUAUAGAACGCGCGAAGCAUGCAACGAUCGAUCCACAAGCGGAAGUGGAUGAUAACGAUGAUACCGAAAUGAGCAUGUACUGCAUCACUUGUGGGCAUGAAAUCCAUUCCAGGACAGCUAUCAAACACAUGGAAAAAUGUUUUAAUAAGUACGAGUCCCAAGCAUCUUUUGGUUCAAUUUUCAAAACGCGAAUAGAAGGACAAGUGAUGUUUUGUGAUUUCUAUAAUCCUGCCAAUCGGACUUACUGUAAACGAUUGAGAGUUCUGUGUCCUGAACAUUGCAAAGAUCCGAAAAUAAGUGAAACGGAAGUGUGCGGUUGUCCCUUGGUUACAAACGUAUUCGACACAACUGGUGAAUUUUGUCGUGCCCCCAAAAAAAGUUGCGUGAAGCACUACGUUUGGGAAAAAUUACGGCGAGCGGAGAUUGAUAUGGAAAGAGUAAGGCAGUGGUUAAAAAUAGAUGAACUGGUGGAACAGGAAAGACAAAUUAGAGCAAAUAUGGCUACUCGAGCUGGAGUUUUAGCUUUAAUGCUACAUUCUACUUACAAUCAUGAAUUAAUGGAACAGAUGACACAAGAACAGAACAGAGAACAAUUAGAAGCCAUGGAAGAGGAAUUUCAACGAAGAUAUGGUUUACUACAGAAAGAGCCAACUGCAGAUUAAUGAUUUACAUCAUACUUAAAAAUAUUUAAUAGUUAAUAGUGCGUCGUAGAUUAUAACAUAUCUCCAUAAAGUGUUCAAUUCCGUAUUUGUAUGUAUAUUAUGUAAUGCAAUAUAAUGUAAAUCGAAUUGCUAAAAAGCAUACCAAGAUAUAUAUUGUAAAAUGCAAUUGUACAUUGUGACAAAGUUUUAUAUAUAUCGAGAAUACCGUAUAGAUAUUUAGCAUUAAAUAUACAUUGUACUUAUUAUUGUACAUAGCAUUAAUAACACUUUGUUGCGUUAGAAUACAUGUCGUUUUUUUACGUAGUAUUAAGUAAGAAAAUCACGUUAUUGUAAUUUAUAACUGCAAAGAGAAAUAAAGAAU